GUAUAAAUAGGUUAGUACCCUAACUGGCAGCAUCCUGGCACACCAUUCUUCUACUUCCUCCAGACCGGAGAUCCCUCUGCCGCCGUUCCGCCCUUCACAGCGAACCUCCACCGUUUCCUGGGCGUCUCCGCCGAUUGCAUCUGUGCGGAUUUCAAUCAGCUCUACCGUAUUCUCUGGUUAAGCUUUACAAAUGGCUGAUGGUUCCGAUAAAGCAGUUGAAAAUGGUUCUUUGAACUCAGCAGAAGCUGAGAAGCCUCAGAUUGAGCCCAUAAGGCUGCCCUCGGUUGAGGAAAUCCGUGGUCAAGACAUUUGGAACAAUUGUGCAGUGCGCAGUGUUGUCAGUGGAGUCAUGGGGGGUGGACUUGGCAUCUUCAUGGGUUUAUUUCUUGGAGCACUGGACAACCCACUGAUGCAAGAGGAAAUGACCGGCAGACAACAGCUUAUAUAUCAAGCGAAGCAGAUGGGGAGAAGGAGUUGGAGUUCAGCCAAAGCAUUUGCUGUCAUGGGUUUUGUAUUCUCAGCUGCUGAAUGUGUUGUUGAGAAGGCUCGAGCGAAACAUGACAUAACAAAUACCGUAGUUGCUGGAUGUGCAACUGGAGGUGCAAUAUCAGCAAAAGAAAAGAUGAGAAACUAAACUUUGGUGGUUUGGGCAUGUUGGAGAUGACCUGAAGAAGCCCCUCGUAAGGACACUUGGUCAGAUGGAGAUAGCUCAAAUACUAGAGGCAGAGACUUAGAAAAACUAUAGGCAUUGCCGUCAUGAAAAAUUUAAGAGUCAAUUGCUGGAGGCAGAGACUAAGAAAAACUAUGGGCAUGGCCAUUAAGAAAAAUUUAGAAGUCAAUAAUUUUUCUAUAUAAAUUAUUCAUUACAAAAUAUUAUGGUGUUGUUUGAUCAUAUCCAUUUAGUUGACUCCACCUGGUGGGAAAAGGCUUUGUUGUUGAAGAAUGGAUUAUUGAUUUUCAAGAGCUUAUGUUCUAGUCCUCUAAUCCUGUCUGGGAAAAUGAUAAUUUACAACAAAAGUUAGUCCAUUGCACUGCUCUUUUCUUUGCAUCCACACUCUAUUUUUGAAAAUGAUCACAACCUCAAUUUUUAUUGUCACUAAACUCUUGUUUCACAAUAGAAUUUAAUAAUCAUAGAAAAAUGAUUUUGUAGUAUUGAUAUAUUACAAUUUAAUUCCUUUUCUGAAGAUACCAAGAAUUUAAUAUAACUAACUACUAUGAUAAAAAUAAAGCAUAAAAUGAAUUUUCUUGUCAGUUCCUAAACAUAGAUGAUUCAUUUUCAAGAAUUGGUUCAGGUUCUUUGAAGCUUGAAUCCCUUGCUCUGAACUUUUAACUUUACAAAAACGGUUAUUUCUGCUUAUCUCAACUGAAAUGUUAUCUGCAAGGUAGAAGGAACUAGUCCUUACUGUUUUAGGAUGAGGAUUGUUGAAUGGGUUCGGGGAAUGGCCAACAAAGUUGGUAGGCGAUAGUGAUGUGUAUGUAAUUUAAGCUGGUGCUUGUUUACUCUGAUACUUGGAAACCUACCUACAGCUUUUAAGAUAGCCCAAUCUUGAAACUAUUUAUACAAUACCACCCUACACUCUAAAACCAUACCAACCCAAAAGAAUUGUUGCCCAAGUCAGCGCUGCCUCCCUAUAGAGGAGUGCUGUACCAGCAGGGAACAUGGCAUCCUUGGGGAGCCUUGGCAACAAGCCCCUCUUAUACACACGACUUUUUUAAAAAUUGUUCUGUUUAUUCCUUUUCAAAGUAGUUUUAUAGCUAAAUUUUCUUUUUGUGCUGUAAUAAAAUCAGGAAAUAAGACAAUACACUUUGGUAAGAAUCAGUUGAAUAGAUCUCGUGACAGUAGAACCUUGGGAGGGACAUGUAAAGAGUGAUAGGUGUAAUGAGAAAGGAAUAGAGGGAGAGAGGUAUACUAAAAGGAUAAUGAACCGGCAAACCAAGAAUUGAAAAUCAAACGUUCUCCUUUAUGAACCUGUCCUCUACCUUUAUUUCUCCCUUCAUGAUGUAUGUUAAACUUUCCCUUUUUGUG